CUUUGCUAGACAAGCGCAUGUAUCUAUUCUCUUUUAGUGUUAGGGGGAAUUAUUAUUCAAAACGAAGAGUUGAACUGCACUUAGACUUACUCAGCUGUAUGCCAUUAUACCUUACCUUUCAUUCGGAUAAAUACACGCAGACGGAUAGUAUCAAGAUCUGAAGAGAAUCACUACAAGAUAUGAUUCCUACAUCUUAAUAUAUAUUAACAAAUACACGCUGAUAAUGGAUUAAUACAUUUAGGGGAUGGAAUGACAAGAACGACAGGAUGACAUUCCGUGUAAGAACAGAUAUACCGCCAUUUUGGCAGUUACUAUGGCGACAGUUUAUAGCAUUUCUAUUCUUACACCUCAUAAUCCUCGCUUCGGCGGCUAGAAACCGUGAUGAUCUUGUUAAAAACACUGACAAGGGAAAGGUCAGAGGAACACGUGUCCAUUUACGUCAUAUGGAUAAACGUGUAGACACUUUUCUCGGAAUUCCCUAUGCAAAACCUCCUCUAGGUGAUCUUAGAUUCCGUCAUCCAGAGCCCAUGGACAGAUGGCAAGGUAUCAGGGAUGCUACCCAACAGCCAAAUACAUGUGUUCAACUAAAAGACGACACGUUUGGUAACUUCUCAGGUUCAACGAUGUGGAACGCCAACACUCCAAUAAGUGAAGACUGUUUGUACCUAAAUGUCUAUGUGCCAAAAAAUAUAGCAAGACACUCCGCAGUAGUUGUGUGGAUAUAUGGAGGCGCUUUCUACAGCGGGUCAAUCACAUUGGACAUUUAUGAUCCGACUAUAUUUGCCGCGUAUAAUGACGUCAUAGUUGUUGCUAUGAACUAUAGGGUUGGAAUACUGGGAUAUUUAUCAUUGGGUAUUGCCGAAGCACCAGGAAAUGCAGGAAUGUUUGAUCAACUUAUGGCGUUGGAAUGGGUACGAAAAAAUAUUCGAUCCUUUGGUGGGAAUCCAAAUAACGUAACGUUGUUAGGUGAGAGCGCGGGGUCGGUUAGCGUAAGCAUGCAUCUGUUAUCACCUCUUAGUCGAAACAAAUUCAACAGAGCCAUACUCCAGAGCGGGGUAGCAAAUACCAAAUGGGCAACGAUCACAGUUGCUGAGGCAAAAACAAGAGCAUUUAGAGUUGCCAAGCGACUACGUUGUGCGGAGCGUCAGGAGACCAAAAAGUUAGACGAACUCGGUGUGUUCACUUGUCUUCGAAAUACUAAAAGUUUUGACCUGAGUAACAACGAAUACUACGCAACUGGAGGAACAAUGCAGUUUGCGUUCGUGCCAGUAAUAGAUGGCGUAUUUCUCGUUGAAGACCCACGUCAGAGUCUUAAACGACAUAACUUUAAAAAGUGCCCCAUUUUAAUUGGAAGUAACAAAAACGAAGGAUCUUAUUUCUUAAUGUAUGACCUAAGUGAUCGUAUUGAUUUGGAAACUAAGGCAGAUGAACUCGUUAAUAGAGAAUUUUUUAUAGAGGCGAUGCAACGGGUAAACAAUUUUUACCCACAGUACCCACACCAAUUGAACACAUUUGGGCUGGAUGCCAUAAUUCAUCAAUAUACACCUUGGGAGAAUCCUGAUGAUAAAUACUUAAACUUCAGGGCAAUAGAUAACUGUGUGGGGGAUUAUCACUUUUUAUGUCAAGUGAAUGAAUUUGCUCAGGCAUACGCCAACUUUGGGGAGAAUGUAUAUUCGUAUUACUACAGCCAUCGAUCCAGUUUGCAACCCUGGCCAAUCUGGAUCGGAGUAAUGCACGCCGAUGAGAUCAACUUUGUGUUUGGGGAACCCCUAAGGCAGGGCUACAACUACACACGAUUAGAAGUGGAGUUCAGUAAAAAGGUGAUGAAUUACUGGACCAACUUUGCCAAAUAUGGAGAUCCCAACCAGACACCUGAUGGAUACAAUCUCCAAGAGUGGCCAGUACACACUAAGGAAGGCAAAGAGAUCAUAGAAUUGAAUGCUAAGUUCGUACACGAGACUGACAAAACACUGGCGUUGGGGAGAGGACCGCGGCUUAAGGAAUGUGCGUUCUGGAGAGAAUAUCUACCUCAGCUAGUUGCCGCUACAGAUAACUUAACUAACAGAGUGAAUGACACAGGUAAUGUAAGUCUACCUAGGUACAAUUUUACCUGUGCAAGCGGGACCUGUCUUACACCCAUGGCCGUGUAUACAAUGGCUCUCAGUUUGUUGGUACAACUCAUUCCAAUGGCUUUCUGCAACACACAAUAGAUGAAGCUUAAUACAAAAUGAAAGUGAGGCUGCCAAUCCACAAUGAGGCAAACACCUGGGAUCAUUAAAUUAUUAUUCAAUGGAGUCGGGUGAGUUUUCAGCUGAAUACAAAUUGAAUGAGAGGCAGCAAAAUCACAAUGUGGCUAAAAACUGGGAUCAUUAAAGUAUUACACAAAAGUUUAAUAGAUGUAGCUGGAGUGAGCUAUUACUUAAAUGUAAUUUGACAAUGGAGCUGUAAAUAUUCACAAUGAAGAAAAAUUGGGAUAGCUCACUGAUUACAAAUGUAUUAUGUGCACAAAUACCAGGCAUCAGCAAAAUCGACAAAAAUUGUACUCAUGCGGAAAACAACAAUGGCACUGUUUAAGUUCACAUAAUAGCUACCCUAGUGAAAUGAAUCCUACAUACUGAUGCUUUACUAAAUCAGGUCUAAAUUCAUUAAUCCAGGCCAGCCUUAAAAAGAGUUUCUAUGAUUGUACGAGUCAUAUCUAUUCACAAACAGUGGUUUCCUCUCUGAGUGUAGCAAAAUAUGAUUUUGAAUAUAUGUGGUAACCCUUCUUAAGCCAAGUGGUAUACCAGUGAUAAAAAUGCUCCCAAGAUGAAAGCAGAUAGACAUUUAGUGUAUACUUAACUCUUCUGUUGAUAUGAGGUAUCUUGACUUGUAAGAAUCAUUUGUACUCAAGGUUGCCAUUUUUCCCCAGACAAGGAUGUAUAUGAGGGGUGAUCAAUAACUUGCGGAGUAGUAUAGCAUUUAUUA